AUGGACGCCGACGUUAUCGUCCUGGGCACCGGACUGACCCAGUCAAUCACUGCUGCCGCCCUCUCGAAAGCAGGCUUCAGCGUGGCCCAUGUCGAUGUAAACCCGUACUAUGGUGGAGACGAUACCUCCCUCACUCUCGACGAGCUCGUCGAAUGGGCAGAUACGCGCACGCAUGCUGACGAUGCCGCCGCACCGGACGCGUACCUCUCGGCGCAGCGAGCCAGAUACACCUCCAUCUCGUGCAGCACCUCUGCCCUGCCCCAACAAUCUCGCCAAUACUCCGUCUCUCUCGCACCCACGAUCAUACCCUCUGUAGGACCUCUCAUCAACUCAUUGGUCUCCUCUGGUGUCUCGCGCUAUGGCGGGUUCAAGCUGCUUGAGAAAGUGGCCAUCUACGACGGCCCCGGCUCCGUAAAGCCUGUCCCUGGCAGCAAGGAAGACGUCUUCAAGAACAAGGAUCUGUCCCUGCUUGAAAAGCGAAGGCUCAUGCGUUUCCUGAUGUUCGCAGCGGGGGAUUUUGCGGACAAGCCGGAGCUCGAAGGGAAGGAGCAGAUGCCUUUCGUUCAAUUUUUACGCGAGACAUUCUCUCUGGAUCAACGGACCACCAAUGCCCUUGCAUAUGCGCUGGCAUUUUGUGUUUCUGCCUCAGAUCCCACUCUCCCUGCUCUUCAGCGUGUUCGAAGAUAUUUGCGUUCAGCAGGGCGAUAUGGCACGUCUCCGUUCCUUGUGGGACACUAUGGCGGUCUAGGCGAAAUAGCUCAGGGUUUCUGCCGAACUGCCGCAGUCAGUGGAGCAACAUACAUCCUAGGACGCAGAAUAUCGUCAAUAACAUCGCAUUCGCUGGAGGAGCGUACGCGAAAGCAUAGGCUGAAACUACAUGAUCUAGAUGAAGAACUGAAAUGCGACCUGAUUGUAUCAUCCUCUGACUUCCUUCUUGGGGGCUCACUUUCCUUGUCCGAUGACAUUCAGAUGGAAAACACCCAUGCAAUAGCGAGAGGCAUAGCAAUCAUUGACCGGCCCCUAUCAUUUUCGACCACGGAGCAAGCCUCGAGCAUUGAGCCACCAGAUCCAGUCGAUUAUGCGACAACAGAUGCAGAACAACUUUCUCCUACCCGCGAGCAACUCGAUACCGCUCUGCUAGUGUUGCCUCCGUCGAGUUUGCCAGACGGCUCAUCGACCGUUGCGGUCAAUAUCUUGACCACCGGUGAAGGCAGCCUGUCUGCACCGCGCGGGAAAUGGAUUGUGUAUAUUUCCAUGCCACUACUCGAGGAGACAACGCGGUCCGCAGAAGAGCUAUUACGGCCAUAUUUGGACGCAGCCCUCACGCUGGCUGUUCCUAAUCCUGACGACUCAGCCGCUCCACUGGUGCCGCUCUUUACCAUGUUCUACACCCAGACGCCUGCUCCCUCAAUGCCAAGCUCGGAUAGCUCUCGAUCCGUGCUUAGGGUCACAGACAGUUUGCCGAUACUACCUGAGGUCGCCGAUUCCGCAACGUCGCAGGCCGAGGUUCUCUUCUGGAAAGCAGUUGAGCUCCUCAAGGGUGCGGGAUGUCGUCCGCGGCCACGAAAGGAAGAUGACGGUGAGGAGGCGAAUGAAGAGGUGGAGAUAGACUCGUUCUGGCCGCCAUUGGAUAUGGUGGAUGAUCCUAGCGAGGACUGGUGA